AUGGACCAAUCCAGCACCAACGCACAAGCCUGCACGGCGCCCAAGAGUGGUUUCCACCAAGCGGCGUCGUUCGUGGAGCGCGCGCUCAGCUUCCGCACCAAUGCGCAGCGUUCAUCUGCCCCCACCUCAGGUCCCCAUGAAGCAAGCUCAUCUGCAGCUGCAACAAAACCCACGAUACGCUCAGCUCUUUCAGCCUCCGACCUGAAGCGGAUCGACAGUUUUCCUUCCGUCUCAGACGAGCAGAUCCGGCGGCUGUUGCCUGACGAUGACCUCCAAGACGCCAGAGAGUGGGUGCACGCAGCGCUGCAGGAGAUGCAUCUCAACUUCGACCUGGAUCCUAAGCUGCUGGGAGAGCACAGCGAUGCCAACCGUGGAAACGCACUGCUCGCUCUUCUUCUCUCGCGCAUCGUUGUCACCGCUUCCGACUCGGCUGGCGAUGCAGACAGCAGAGAGCCAGGACACCUCUCCGGUGCAGUUGUGGACCAAGAGGGUCGGGCCGCGAAAGGGGACGCAUCUUCCGAGGCAGUCAAAUCGAAAUCAGCUGGAGUAGUACCGCCACGGGAGUACGAGACGCACGACCUGCUCAAGGCGAUCGACAAGAAGGACGUCGAGACCAUCCUCGCCAUCCGCAACGCCAAUUUUGACCUGCUGCUCGACUUGUCGCAAGGGGGCAGCAAGGCAAAGACAUCGGCCGCAGCAGCGCAGGCAGGUGGAUCUACCAACACGCCGCUAGGCUAUGCCAUCUCGCUGGGCAAAGGCUGGGAGAGCGUAUCGAUCGUUCUGGUGGGCGCACUGUCAAAGUUUGUCAACCAGCUGCCGGACGAUGAGGACGAGUACGAGAAUGCGUCUGGAUCGAGUGCCAUCGGGGCGCAGGUGACCAAGGUCAAGAAGCCCAAGAAGCUGCAGUUAGAUCCGAGGACCAUGGCACGGCUACGCAAGGUGCGCGUCAAUCUCAAGCUCGCGAUUGACCACAGCAUUUUCCAGGACCAGACGUCGUUGCUCGCGUCGUAUCUGCAAGUGCUCGUCAUGUCCGAGGGUUCGCCGUUCCUGCAUUCGGCCAUCGAGGAUGUAGCACAUUGUCUUUCUGCGCGCUCCUCUGCUGCGGCGUUAGCAGAUGGUGGUGCUGAUCCCGUCGCACGAGCCAGGUCUCAAGUGAUGCAGUUUGUGACCGACUCGCUGCGCCACAAGACCGACAAGGUCGCGGCGGUGAAGGACUACGUGGCGAAUGCGCAGUCGGAUCUGCUGCUCAUGUCGCUGUGGUCGCUCGUCAAGCUCAAAGGCUCGCAGAUGGAGGCGGCGCAGAAGAGCGUGGGUUCUGAAAACGAGCUGGUCGAUUUGGGCAAUCCGCUGCCCAUGUACUUUUUCGCACGCGACGACCGCGUCGCAUCGCACUUUGUUGCCAGAGUCACCAGCCUGCAGCAUGUGACGGGCGAUGUCGCCCCAACCUCGUUGGUCAAGGUCGCGAUCCGCGUUGCAGAGGCACUCACACAAGGCGCCAGGAGAAAGUCGUCUCACGAACGCCUCCAGAUCAUAGACGCCGCACUCAACCCCACCAAACCUCGCACACAGUAG